AAGCAACAGCCAGUCGCACCACGAAAAGGUUUAACGAAGUAUGCACUCAAAAGCCGCUUAGCUCUAUUCACAGAAGAAACCACUUCAAACGUUGAAGUGGGAUUAAUAGGAGUUCUUCUUUUGCCUUUAAACCAGCCACCGUCAAUUCAUCAAAAGCCGCAUAUUUCACGGACAAUGGAAAAUGGAACCCCACCACAGCUACCAAUGCCUGAUAAGGAUGUUCUACAACGAAGCUUUAAUCAAUUACUCGGAUCGUUGGACCUGCCCGACGAUAAAAUCAAGGAAAUGAAUUCUUACGACGACCAUAAGAAAUGGGAGAUUUUAUGUUCACGAAGCCUAAUGAAGAUCCAUCAAUCACCAAGCUUUUAUCUACAGAGAUUGAAGAGAAGUAUCAGGGUUAAAAUGACGCAAUCAAAGACGGAUGUGACGGAUAUAUUGCGAGGAUUAGAGGUGUCCUUAAGAACGUAUUCGAUUGAGUACUUAAAAAGUUUCUCAGAUGAAAGAAAUUCUCUAAGCAAACUCGUGGAUUUCAUGACUUCAUCGAAUUUAUCUUCGGAGAAUUUUUUAAUAAUCAUCCAAUCCUUUAAAGUCAUCAUGAACGAUGCAAAUGGUUUUGGAAAGGCAAUUAAUCAUCAGAUACUAACAGAUAACUUGGUGCGAUAUCUUCCGACACUCUCAAUUAAGAAUCGCUGCAAUAUACUUCAACUGAUGGUGAUGGCAUGUGAGAAAUCACAGAAAGGGCUUGAUCGAGUUUUAAAAGCUUUGAAAGCUAAUGGUAGAUUUGAAAUUUUAAUGGACUUUCUCACGCUUAAUAAGGAAAACGAAAUUGAACAGAUGGUGAUUGUUGCAACCCUCAAUUUAAUUAAACUUAUCAUCAGCUUGCCAAUCGAUUUGAAUUAUCGAAUUGGCUUGGACAAAAAACUUCGGGUUUUGACGUUCAAUGAGUCGAAUCUGACAGCAGAAGUUAUCGAUGAGAUUAAAAGCUUCAAGUCUAUGAUAAUUGAUGUAAAUCAAUUAGCUAAAGAUCGCGUUGAAAUCAAAGUGAAAGCUAAAGCAGAACUAAUGGAUGGGGAGAAGCAAUCAAUUAAUUUGGAAGUUUCGAAGGAAUAUGGUCGAAUGGAGCUGUCUAAAGAUUCGGAUGUGGAUCAAAGGCCGGAAAUUUUACAAAAAUCUUCAACACCAAAGAGAGAAACGGAGAAGGAAGUGAAAAACACUGAAAAAACUGCAUUGCGUCCAAAUCAAGUCCAUGGCACCGUCUUUUAUGGUCUAAAUGAUGAACGACUUCGCAAGAUCAUAAACUUCACUCACUUUGAAGAUAAAUUUCACAUAAUUGACAAGUCACAAUCGCCGGAAAAUUCGUCUUUUGCAAAUAGAAUUCGAAGUCCGAUAUUUGUAACCCUCCUCGAGUCAACUCGACUGCGAAAUGUCUCCAUUGUGCUAAGAAAAUUAAAUUUCGAUGCUGACGUGGCCAUUGAAGCCAUCAACGAUUACAAUUUUAAUCAGCUGAAUCUCGACAGCAUUGAGUUGCUAACAAAUUUGGCGCCGAAAGAUUUGGAAAUCGAGGCAUAUCGAAGCUACAUGAAAAUGAAGAAGAACAUUGCUGUGUUAAGCGAAGAGGAUAAAUUUCUCAUGAAGUUAUCACAAGUUGAGCGACUAAAGACAAAACUAACCCUCAUGAAUUUUAUUGGAAACUUUCCUGAUCAAAUGAAUUUGUUGGCGAUUCACGCUGUUUCAUCCGCAUCGUUAUCGCUUAAGAGUUCGAAAAAGUUUAAAGGCAUUCUUGAGAUUAUUCUGACAGUUUGCAACUACAUGAACGGCAACAAAUCAACCGCAACUGUCUAUGGGUUUCCAUUGAAAGGGACAUUGGAGCGGUUAAAUGAUAUUCAAUCAAAUGAUAAGAAUUUGUCGCUAUUAGAAAACAUUGUGAAUCUCUUUAAAAAAAACAUAACAGAAGAGUUUGUGAGCAUUGAAAACAACUGGAACAUGUUCAUAGAAGAACGCAAAUUUUCGAAAAGCUUCACAUUAAAAACAUUCGAAGUGGUGUCGAGUGAGAAGUUCAACAAGUUGAUAAAUGAACAUAAAAUGACCAUGAACAAUUACAACGAUUGUAUUUGCUACUUUGGAGAAGAAAAUGAAAAUUCGAUAGAUUCCGAUGAGUUCUUCUCGAUUAAAAAGGACAAAGUUCUUGAUACUUUUACAGUUUGUAAAGGAGACAAGGUUUGUUUACUCUUAGAAAACUUUAGAAUGAUUAUUAGUGGAACAAUGAAAGGUUGGUUAGUCAAAGGUUUCACUAAACCAUCGUAUUUCUUCAACGAACUGAGAGAGAAGUUGAAAGGAGAUUUGGGAAAGUCGAGGACAACAAAACGCAAUCAACUCAACCCCUUCACAAAUAAACAUUUACUAUCAAAGAUGCAGCAAAGAUGUUUGUUCGUUCAUUCGCUUAUGGAUAUUUAU